AUGGUUACGGACUCUUCGACCGCGAAACCCGACCCGGAGGGUGCAUCAAUGGGAAUGGGCCUCGUGGAGCGCGACCGCCUCUCCUAUGACUUAUACCACUCUAUCCAGUGUUCCGGUCGCGGAGACUGGAUCAAUUUGAUUAACGUUGCACCACUCGCAAGCCAAUAUCACCUGAGUGCAUACAGCACACUUAAAUUUGGCCAGGGCGGCGCGCCGUACGCAUACCUUCCGAUUACAUUGCAGCAGCCGGCAUUCACAGAAUCAAGCAGGUGCAGGCAGCGCCGAAAUGAGUCUGACUCUUGGUGCUGGCGGCUUCCGCAUGUCAGUGAAGCAUCCGAAAGCAUUGCGCUCAACGUUCAGUCCGUGUUUGGGGGCGUAUUUCGCACAGUGAACACCAACACCGAGUCGCAACAAUUUGACCACGAUACCCACCCGACACUCCAUGACUCUGUGCAAUUCUCUUGCAUGGAUGCGAGCGCAGUUUACACUAUGAACCAAGUAGCGCUGAGUGGCGCUGCCGGUGGCGCCAAAACAAGCGAUUCACAUCCCAUCAGCGUAAGCUACAUCCUCCCACCGCAAUCCCUUGCAUCAAUAUCAGAAAAGGUGCUGGCUGCGUUGCCGCCCGCGUACCGGAAAGUUGCAGGAUGCGCGUUUGGCCGGUGCUUCGAUGAGAUGUGCGAUACCCGACCCCACACGGAGCACGAACAGAACGUGCCUUUUUGCAGCUACUUGCACUGCGGCGAGCAAAUUCCACGCCAGAAAUUUGCGGAGCGCCUGUCGUGUGCGUUGGCACACUCGGAUGAGCAUUUGCGCGGUCAGCUUAUCGGCGAGCAGCUGAUCCGCUUGCCACCGUCUGUAGCACUCGACGCCGUGAUCGACAAUGUGGCGCCUGCUGCUGAGGAUGCGUAUGAGACAUUGUAUGGCGAGCAGCUCGCUCAGCGAGAAGCGGCGCGGGAAGGCAAAGCGCGUAUCGGCAACAUGCUGCUGUCGUCGUGCCCCGGCAAAAAGGUGCGCCUCAACGGCCCUGUGCGUGGGCGCAGCAGUGUGUGUCGCGACUUAAAGUCGGACCUGCAACGCUACCGUGCGCUGGGCGUGCGCGCUAUUGUGUGCUGCUUGGACGACGAGGAGCUUAGCCAGCUUGGCACGCCUUUUGCGAAGUACGAGCCCGAGGUUGCUGCACAAGGCAUAGACCUUGUACGUCUUCCUAUAGCCGAGGGAUUUGCCCCCACGGACCUGGUCAAAUUUGACAUUAUGAUGACGGCGCUCAUCUUAAAUUAUACACUGCGUGGCGCAUCUAUCUUGGUGCAUUGCCGCGGCGGUGUAGGUCGUGCAGGCUUGGUCGCCUGUAUAUGGAUUUUGAAAAUGGGUUUGGUCUCUGUGCACGACCAUUUGCACGCACCGCGGCCCUGCUGUUCGCUGAUCGAUGUCGCAUACGGGGCGCAGGGUGAGAGCGUGCAGGUGUUGCAAACGGUGAUAAAGAUGAUUGAGGUGAUUCGUCGCCAGCGGAGUCCACGCGCAAUUGAGACGGCGGAGCAGGCGCUUUUCUUGCUCGAGUACACGCGGUUCAUCCAUCGCCAGGAGUAUGGCCACAAGAUGUUCCAAGCAUGUGGCGUGUGCCGGCCAGACUUGUAG